AUGUCUAACUAUAUGGAUUAUAACUUUAUUUCUCGUCUAAAUGAAUUGAAUAUGAAUCCGGAAGUUACUCAAGAAGAACUUGAUGCCAACGAUAACUUGGAAAUUUGGUCUAAAGCUAAUUUUACCUUUGAUGUUCCUUCCGGUAUUGGUCUUUUAGAUGAUGAUUUUGACGUUUCUUUAAACAAACUUGAAAGUACAGAUUUUACUUUAGUUCAACCAGAAAUCUCUUCAUUUGCAACACCAACAAUGUAUCAUCCUUUAUUAUCGUAUCAAAAUCCUAGCACCACGCUGCAACCGGUUGUUCCUAUUUCUCCAGCUGCCACAAAUAGAUCUAAUAAUAAUUAUUCAACAAUAUAUCCCGCUCCAUCAUCAACAACAACUGUAAUUGCACAAAAGGAUGAAAAUUCAACAACAACUACUAAUACUUCAAAUACGUCAUCCCGUAAAAAUUCUAAAUCGACCCAAUCAUCUUCAAUUGAUACCGAAGAUACUGAAUCUCAAUCAAUGGAUUCUGAAGUAUCCGCUAAGAUGGCAGCUGAAGAAGAUAAACGAAGGCGUAAUACAGCUGCUUCUGCUAGAUUUCGGGUUAAGAAAAAACAACGUGAGCAAGCACUUGAAAGAACUGCCAAAGAAAUGUCUCAAAAAGCUGAAACACUUGAAAAUCGAGUAAAAGAGCUUGAAAAAGAAAUUAGAUGGUUAAAAAAUUUAAUUAUAGAAAAGGAUGAAAGAUUGUUAGACGUUGAACCUCCCGAGAAACGGCGUAAGGCUGCUGCUAUCAAGUCUGAAACUUUUACUGAAGAGUCUGUAGAGAAUGAAGAUAAUGAGAAAAAAUAA